UCGCUGGUCACGCUGCGACUUGCAUCGAUGAAGUCCGCGACUCGCAUCACGGCCCAUGGCGCCGUCGUCGGGGCUGGGCGGCAUACUCGCGUGUACCGUGGCAUGCCUCGCAAGCUGCUUGGCACUGGGCGCAGACGCCUUCAGUGUCGAGGAGUUUGGUGCCGAUAGCCGGUUGUGGCACUUGAAGACGGUGGCAAGGUCUCAAUGUCUUCGUGCCGUGCGCUUUCACGGUGUGACUAAGCAUUCAGGGAUUGGAUCCCCAGUGCACUGGCGCACUUUGGCCAACACUGUGGAGUCCAAGCUUAGAGGCGUUGGCUACCGUUACGGAUGGCGCCGCUUUGGUGGUCUCGCAUUGGAGCAUCACAUGUGUCAGAGGAGAAGUACCAAUUUGGACGAUUGUAUCGCCAACUCUGAGGUUUGCCCACUAGGUGCAAUGGUGGGGCAUGUGCUGAUGCUUCUCAGCCAUCCCGAGAGUUAUGCCUUUGACCUACGUCUUCUUGACUCGCACGAACAGGUGCACAGAUGGGAGAUUUUGGGCGCAUCCUUGGGCUACUUCAUUUGGAAUUUGCCCGGCGUUCGGCUUUUGGACGUGUUGUAUAGUGGCUGGCCGGUCUUCAAGCUUUUGAGAGCUUUGCGUUCCCAUUUUUGGCGAUUCAAGGGUCAAGGCACAUUGGCAGCUCUGGAGUUCGCCAAGCAGCUUCAUGCUGCGAAGAACACACGUGACGCCGCAGACCGAACGGGUUCUCUGAACAGGUUGGAUGUGGAUUAUCUUUCAGCGAUCUCCCUGUGUAAAAUCGUGCCUUCGCAUGGAAUGGAGAACUGGACCGGCAGCUGCCCUCUCGCGCAGGCUCAUCAGGCCCUGGAGGCGGCAGAGGUCGCAGUGAAACAGGCGGACCUUGAAGAGAUGGAACGCUGCGUGGAGACAGCCCAUCAGCACCUCAAGGAGUUCCUGUGGUGGUUUCAGCCGCCAAACGAGGGCUGGAAAGCCCCAGCCGCGCGCAUUUCUACGCUCAUGUUGGUGGCCUCUGACUGCUUGCUCCCAAUCCUGUCGCGACUGCAGAAGCAUAUCAACCGACGACUGCAGAUCCGCGCGGUGAUGCAGCCUCCCCAGGAUACGGGUGCAGCUGGUGUACCUGUCAGCAUUUGCCCCGCGCAUCCAGAGCAGGGCAUCCUGUCCUCAGAAGCUGCCUACAUCAAAGAUUUUCACGAUGUGCUGCAUGAGAUGGACAGCUUUGGCCAGAGUGCAAUGAAGUUCCAGCCAAAGGCCAAUGAGACCUCCAAAGAGGCUUGGGUGGCUUUCCUCUGGGGUGGCACCUCUGCAAGUGCCGUGAAGGCAGCGGCGCUGAACUCAGAGGUCAUCCGAACCAUGGCCUACUCUGUGCGAAAGUGGGAGGCUGCUCGGCGAACUUUCCUGGUACUCACCGUUGGGCAAGUGCCGGAGGUGCUCAUUGCAGAGCUCCAAGCUGAAGGACUAGAAGUGCGAAGCGUUCGUAACAACGAAACCCUUCCGAUGUGGCAGUCGACUUACAUCAGAAAGCCAAAGCACGUGGGCGACUGGUUCUCGGAUCGUGGCUUGAAGCGCAGCUUUGCACAGCUAGCCGCCUGGACACUCACGGAGUUCGAGCGCGUGGUGAUCCUGGACGGCGACACUUUGAUGCUCCGCAGCUGCGACGAGCUCUUCCGCCUGCCGACGCUGCUGGCGGCCGCCCCGGAAAUGCACCGCGAUCAGGAAGACAUAGGCAACUUGGACAGGGAAGGGCGCACCUACUUGCUGAAUGCUGGAGUGAUGUUUCUGAGGCCCAAUCUUUUCACCUUCAUGCGCACAAAGGCCAUGGUUGCCACAGAACACUUCCGCUAUCUCGCGGAGAAGAUCGGGGUCAUGGGCGAGGCAAACUUUCAGUCCUUGACCGACACGUACUUGGCCGCUGAAAAUUUCUGGCGUGUUGGUUCUGUCCUAUGGGAUGACCAGGGGCGCUUUGAAGGCUGUUUAAUACGAGGUACCUCUGUCCGGAGUGCCCGAAAUAUCAUCACAGCUUGGAAGGCCACUGGCAAGAUUCAUUGUUUGCUGCCGAUUGACUACAAUUUCUGCGCAGAUUUUCCUCAUGUGUUUUUCUCCUCCUGGGACUUCUUGACGCACGAGAAGGGCAGGAAGAAUACUUCAAGUGUAAAUGAGGCGAACCAACGCCAGCGGAAGUCACUGAUGCGGGAGACAGUGAAAUGGUACAGGGAUAUGGGCUGGUUGCGGGCAAUGCUACAAUUACAAGGGCUCUUCCAUCUCCACCAGCGACCAUCAGGCACGCCAAAGAUCGUGCAUUUUCCCGGGCACCUGCGAAAGCCCUGGCAACGUUGGCUGCCACUGGCCCGGAGUCCCUGGGAUGAAUUGUGGUGGCAAGCGCAUGAUGCCAUGUGUGCUGCCCAGAAAGCGCCUUGCCGGCUGAGCUGUGAGGUCUGGGUCUGAGCUUCUCCUCCGCCUUGGGGUAUGAGACCAGGCGCUGAGAGGUGACUGACAACACCACUUGGUAAAGCAACAGGAG